AUUGCAGGAGAAACUUGACAAAAAAAAGAGAGAAACAUAUUAAUAAAAAAGUGGCAAAAUACUCUUAACCAUCCAAGAACAACAAGGGGCAAAGGGUUUCUCACUUUCUCCCCCACUAGUUGUUAUAUCAGGUUUUGAGGUGGAUUUGUUUCUCGGAAAAAAAUUGGGUUUUUGAUGGUAGAGGGGUUUUAUGGUAAACUUAGGAAUCUGAACUUUUGGGCAUAACUUGCUGUUAUAUGUUGAUUUUGGGGUUUUCUUGGAUCCUCUAGUUUUUGUUGAAAUGGAUAUCAAGGUCCGAUUUUUGUUUUUUGUGCAAUAUGGUGGAGUUUGAUCUUUCAUUGGUGUAAAGUUUGGGGCUUUUUUGUGUGUUGGAAGAGGAAGAGGAAGAGGAAGAGGAAGAGGAAGAGGAAAAACAAAUUCUGGGUUUUGUCUAAAUUUUGCUAAAGGGAGAGGCUUUGCUCAAAUUUUGAGAUUUUGUUUGGAUUUUUGAUCCUAUUUUACCUCAUGGGUGUUUCUUGGAAGAAUUGAUUGUUUAGUUGUUUGGUGGACAGUUUUGGGUGUUGAAUUUGAUUGGUCAAAAAUGGAAGAAGACAGAAUAGAAAGUGGGAUCAAGAUUAAUACAGAAGAGUCUCAGUGUUUUGAGAUGGAAGUGGAAUCUUGUGAGACUGGAAUACCUGGUUUGAGCAAUGAGAAUGGUGAAGGAAGCAAUGGUAAUGUGGUAUUUUCUAGAGAAUCUCCGCUUGUAUGUAAAGACUUUAGAUCAUCUGCUAUAGUUGGAGGAGGAGGAGGGUGUAAUUGUGGAGUUAAUAAACUUAAAGCCAGAUUGUCUAGUUCAGACUGUGAGGUUGGGAAAAACGAGAAAUUGGGGCAUGAGAAGAAGCUUAAUAGACAAGAGAGGAUCGAGUUAGGGCGAUUGUUUCAGGGUGCUGUGAGUUGCCAUGACUGGGAGCUCGCCGAGAGUUUGAUUCUACUGGCGGAUCCCCUGACUCUGAAUGAUGCAUUAUGCAUCGCUUUAGAUUCGAUAUGGUUUUUAAGUACACAACAAGAGUUGUAUGGGAUAACAGGGUUGAUUAAGAAGAUCAUCUCUAAUGGUGCCUUUGAUUUCACUCGGGCAGCCCUAAGGACUUCAUUUCUUGCUUCUUGUGUUUCUGCUUGCCAGAGUCGGACUAUGAGCCUCGCGGAUACCGUGACUGUAAUGGCACAAAGGUUGCAUGAACGACUUCAAGAGUGCAAUGGGGAUGAAGUUUUGAAGGCAGAAGCUGGUGCUAAGGUUCAGAAGUUCACUGAAUGGGCUCUUAAAUGUAUUGGUUUCCAUUCCCGCUGCCAAGGGAACAGGGAUAAGGUUGGGCAUAAUGCUGCUGUUGAAAUACAACUACAGUUGUCGGCUUUCAAGACUUUCCUUGAUCUUGCUGGGAACCACCUUACAGGAAAGGAUUUCACGGAAGCAUUUGAUGCAGCUUGCUUCCCACUUACACUCUUCUCUAGUUCGUUUGAUCCGGGCUGGGCAUCGGGUAUUUCAGCUAUGGCAAUCCAAGGACUGCUUGGCAUGUUGGUGGAGGGCGGUGCGGACAAUGUCAACCAAUGCUUUCUUGAAGCAUCUCGUUUUGGGAGCACUGAGCUUGUCCGCAUUCUUCUCCAGAUUGCUCAAAGGAAUAGCUUGGACGUUGAUGUAGACUUGGCUCUGGGAUUCGCCUCCCAUUAUGGUAAAAUUGGAACUAUGGAAUGUCUAGUGGAAGAAGGGAAUGCGAUGGCUUUCUUAGGACCUUUGAUGAGAGCUGCUGAAAGGGGCUGCAUUCAGGUAGUUGACUGGUUUGUUAAAAGAGGUUGCAGAGACAUGGAACUAUGUCUCGCCCUCACAGCUGCUACCUCCAGUAGUCAGGUUGAAGUUGCCGAAUAUCUCCUUCCUCACGUUCCUCAGCAUGUUCUUGCUGCACUAAGUAUCGAGAUUCUUAAGGCUGCUGGUGAAAGAAGUGGCGGAUCUCUCGAUGGUGUAGCAUUUCUACUAAGUUCAGACUUCCUCGGUGAUCCAGCUGCUACUUAUGCGGUCGCGGACAGCAUCGCUAAGUCAGACGACGAGGCCGUCGCUCCUGAGCUCAGGUCUUUCCUUAGGGAGCAUUGGUCGGAAGCUGCUUUCUCGGACGGGCUUAGGCAAGGACAAGAACAUUACUCGAACAUUGUGCGUAUUUUGAAAUGGGGGGAUUCUCCCGUGUGUUUGGGGGAUCUUCCCGGGCCCUUGAGAGUAGCAAUAGCAUACCUGCCGCUGUAUAGGGAAUGUGUCAAGACAGGGGGUUGCUUGUUAUCACAGAGGCUUAGGGGGCAGCUCGUGGAAGCAGCGAAAAGGCUUGACGGCGUCGUGUUGGAAGAGGUAAACCAGGGAAGAGAAUUAUUGGCUGUUUUAGAGCAUCAUAUUCCCCCAUUUUUGGUUAAUGCAUCCACUGCUGCUUAGGAUGAUAGCAUCUUUUUGAUUUUGAAAAUUUUCAUCUCUCUUCACUCUCCCUUCACAAAGUAUAAUAACACAAUAGUUGGUGGGGUUGAAGGUGAGCAAAAAGUCCUCAAGGUUGGUCAAUUAUCUGAAUGCAUAUUCUGAUGUGUAUGUUGAGUAAACUACAUUCAGAAGGCUGGUAACGCGAAUGGGCAUACAUGUUGGCUAUUUUCGUGGCGGUUCUCCUUCUUUAUCCGGUGUUUACACUAAACCAAUAAAUAAAUGACGUGUCUUUUCAAUAUCCACCUUUAUCACUAAUUAUGAUGAAUUAACUAUAUUAUUGCUUC